CUCUUGCUGAAAUCCUGCAUGUUCUGUUAGUUCUUGUUUCAGUAUACCUGAUGAUCUUCUUGAUUUUGAUUUUUGUUCAUAUGGACACCUCUUUAGGAAGGGUGACGAUUAUUAGAAAAUACCUAUAUGAGGCAUUCUCGUUCCUGUCUCUUGCAAGUGUUAAAUUCUGUAUUCUUGAUGCCUUAGCUUUGACUUGACUCUAGGAUGACUUGACUCUAGGAUGACUUAAUUGUAAAUCUGUUUAGCUUUCAUGAGCUACGAGGUAAAGGGGUAGUCUUUGAAAUACUUGAUGCCCUAGAGUUUUGUUCCAAGUGAAAUGGUUCUUUGAUCUGGCUGCUUGGAUUUUUGUUUGCCCUUUUAAUUAGAAGAUAGUAAUCUUCUAAGCAUCUUGAUCCCAGUCAUUGCUUUAUUCUGUUAAUUAAUUCUAGUACUUGAGGUGCUAGAUCUUGACAUUCUGAUUGUAUUUGCUCUUGAAUCCGUGUUCUGAUUGUCAUUAUUGGAAUCUCUUUUAUGGGCCUAAUUUUUGGAAUUCUAUUUCUUGUUUCAUGGUUAACUAUUGUCUUUCAAUUUUGACUGCUUGGUUAAAUUUGAUCUUGAUUCUUGGUGAAUGCCAUUUUGUUGCUAAAAUUCUUGAGGCAUUCUACCUUGCACUCUUAUGUUCUGGUAUUCUUCCAAGCAUUCAUAUUUUCCAUUGAUUUUAUUCUGUUGCAAUUCUUGAGAUUCUUACAUGUCUUUUGAUGGGUCUAGCUUUUAACUCUUGUUAAUUGCUAAAAUUUGCCUUUUGAUUCCAGUUGCUUUGUUAAACAUGAUCUUGGUUUUGGUUAACCUUGUUUUGUGGCAGAAUUUAUAAGGCAUCCAUGUACUUGUUCGUUCAUUCAUAAUCCAUAUAUCCAUUGGAUGCUUAUCCGUCUUUGAUAGAGUUCAAGUUUUGUUGUACUUGUCUUUAAAUCCAUGCCAUUCUUUGUCAACUUGUCUUGUGAUGGGUUCGAAGCGUAACCCCACAACUGUUCUUUUGUGGCCUUGGCAGGAUUUAUUUUUAUUCGUUGUGCUUCCCAUAUCAUCCCAGCCUCUAGUAGCUCAUUUCAUGGUAAACCCUGUUAAGUAGCUAGUGCCUUGCUUUUAUGUGUAGUUGUGAUUUGAUAUCAGAGUGGCGCAGCGGAAGCGUAAUAGGCCAUGUCUGUUCAU